AUGACGACUUGUCCUCGUGCGGACUCGUUCUACUUGCCUUGUCAGUUCCCGAGUGCUCCUGCAGGAUCGGUUUCUUCUAUUCCUUACAUCGUCGCACUGGAAUCGCUCUUGCUUUUCUGUUUUCUUGGCUCUCUCUCGUCCGUAUCCUUUGGUCAUGUCAUACUCCAUCUGUUUGCAACGGUGGAGGCAGUCCAUCGCUCGGUGGAUGAACACAGCACUUGCCCUCGCUCUUCUACCACGCAUUGGAAUGCAACGACGUGA